AUGAGCUUGGAAGUGAGAGGUGAAGUGUCUCUCUUUCGGAGCACUACUCGGCUUUUUUUUUAAAGCAUCGAUAGCUCAUGACAUGACUCGGACGGUUGUGGAUACCUGACCUUGAUUUAUUUAUUUAUUUAUUUAUUUGCAAAAAAGGAAGAAGAAUAACAAAAACAAAAACAAAAAAAAUAAUCACGAAUGAACUAGACAAGCCAUGGAGGGACUGAGCGGGAACUGUCCUGCCUCUCAUUGCAGAGAGCUGAUCUCUCACCCCGGACUAGGGCGACACUCUGGGACUAUCAUGCCCCACCAGGGCUCGAUUUACUCCGAUAUCUCCUCUCCGGAGGGCGGAAGGCAAUGUCCAGGGCCUCAGAACCCCUCCUCCGGGGCAUCUUUGGGUUACAAUUACCCUUACUCUUACUACGAAUGCCGUUUGAGUCAUUCUCACGGUGUUAAUGUGCAGAAGCCGUGCUCUUAUCACCCCGCUGAGAAAUACCCCGAGCACGGGGAAGAGCUCUCCAACCGAGCGAAAGAACUGGCUUUUUACCCGGGUUUUGCUGGCUCUUACCAAACCGUCCCGGGAUAUCUGGACAUGGCGGUGAUGCCGGGAAUCGGCGCUCAUCCAGAAGUGCGGCACGAGAGCUUAAUCCCGGUGGAUGGAUAUAAUCACUGGGCACUGAGCAACGGAUGGGAUGGACAAGUGUGUUUUUCCAAAGAGCAGAGUCAACAGAGCCACCUCUGGAAGUCACCUUUUCCAGAAGUUGUUCCUCUGCAAGCUGAAGUCAGCAGCUACCGCCGAGGCCGCAAGAAGCGCGUGCCUUACACCAAGAUACAGCUAAAAGAGCUCGAAAAGGAGUACGCGUCCAACAAAUUCAUCACCAAAGAUAAACGACGACGGAUCUCCACCAUCACUAACCUCUCAGAGAGACAAGUCACCAUCUGGUUUCAGAACCGACGUGUAAAAGAGAAGAAAACCGUCUGCAAGUCGAAGUCCAGCGCUCACAUGCACGCUACCUGAGGAGAGCUGAACCUGUAACAUAAAAUAAUAAUAAUAAAAAAACAUUUUAAAAAUUAAUAACCCCUUAUUAACAUAUCUAUUGGUCUAUUGAUGACGUGGUUAAUUUUUUUGGUAAAUUGUGAUAAUUCCAGUCUCUCGGGUCGAAUUAGCGUUACGCAAAGUUCACACCAAAAAAAACCCUACAAAACAAAUUAAGUAUUGAAAUAUUUGUGUAGCUUCAAUAUACUGAUUUCAUCUUAAACAAACAAACAAAUAAAUAUUAAUUUCUUAUUCUUAUUUAAAGUGUUAAGAUCUGGUUUAACAUAUUUCCUAAUCACCUCAAAUCAAAAGUCACACACAUUUUAAACGUUUCUGUGAUUUUUGUAUAAAAGGAAAAAUCAAGCUGGAGUUUUCUGGUUACUCCAUAAAUCUGCUCUGUCAUGUGUAAAGUUCUGACCAGUUCAGAUUCAGGGUUUCUUUUUUUUUUUUUUUUGGGUUGGGCAGUUAGCGCUCGUCGCAUUUCUAUGAAACAACGUUUGCGUGAGAAGAGGUUUGGGGGAGAAAUAUAGCGACAAUAUUCAUAAAUCUCACGUUUUGGAAAAAAGAAAAUUCCCAGUGUGUCUUGUGUAGGGUCCGAAAACGUGCAGGUCCUGCAAGGCUGCGUCUGUGAUACUGUACAGUGCCGUGCAUUAAUUAUUAUUUAAUGAAAACUCUCGUGCGACAGGCCGUGUAAAUUGCUAUUAUUAUUUUAUCGUGUAUUUUUAUGUCAUUCUCGUCUCUCUCUCUUUUUCUUUCAUUGAAGGAUGUUUCUCUGUCAUGAAACUGGAAUGUUUUGUUAUUGCCU